UCUCCCCGCCCGAUGUGUCUCCGGUCCCCUCCAUAGCCUCAUACGAUGGACGGCAUCAAACUUACAACAGCAAUCUUGGCGGUCGUAAUGAAUCGCGGUUGUCAUCUGACCAACCCGCAACGUUUGCCAGCAGUCAAGAACCAGACGUUGAAACUCGUCAAGAGACUGACUGUACAACAUAUGAUGAUUAUUUCCAGAGGCAACAUCGCGAAGAGUAUCCCCCAGCACAAGCUUUCAAGUGCCGAACGUGGGGAGUCGGAACAUCGAAUCAUGAUGCGGCCGGGAGACGUAAUGAUGCGGGGGAACGGACGCUACGAAGGACGAUCUGGGGGGGCAUUACCCCGCUGGACUUGGCGCGUGUCACUCGCAAGUCGUAACCAUAGGCCCCCCCCCCCCGGUGCUCGCCAGUGCUCCAUCAUCUGAUGCAGGAUGCAGUUUCACAGAAACAACCUUCCGUCUCUACCUGCGUAACAUAGCUCGGCUUCCAUUUUAUAUGUGAGCUGUCGGUAAGUAGCUCAGGGUGUUUCCCGUCUCGAGCUUUGGGGAAACGCUACAAGCUCAUUAUUCUUGCAUCUGUGUCUGUUUGUAUGACCACGUGUUGCUGAUAGUUCCACAAGCAUCUGUUCGCGAGCAGUGAAGCCCGCAGUCUUUGAUUCAUCCGGUUGAUUGGGUUUCGAGGCUCUAGCACCCAUCCAUCAUGCGCGGCUUGGCAGUCUUCGCGUCGCUAGGCGCAAGCCUCGCCCUCGGACUGGACGUCCCUCGGUCCUCUGUCGACGCGCGUAUCGCGGUGGCGGAUCCGAACAUCCCGAGCCCCAGCGCCUGGGUCGAGAGAGCGGGGAGGGAGGACCGGAGGUUGUGCAUUCUCGAGCCGGACGCCGACGGCGGGGACGAUGCCCCGGCGCUACUCGCCGCGUUGAACAACAGGUGCCGGACCAGGAGCAUCGUCGUGCUGCCGGGUCCGGUCUACCACAUCAAGUCGCCCAUGGUGACCACCGAGCUGGACGACGUGGUCAUCGACCAGCGCGGCAAGCUGCUCUGGAGCAACGACACCAGCUACUGGCUCUCCGUGUCGAUGCCCGUGGGGUUCCAGAACCAGAGCACGGUCUGGCACUUUGGUGGCGACCGCGUGGUAUGGGAAGGCCACGGGGUCGGGACUCUGGACGGCAACGGUCAGGUGUGGUACGACCUGAACAAGGGGGGGUCCAACAUGCCCCGGCGGCCGAUGAACGUCAACUUCUGGGGCCUCUCGAACUCGGUCGUCAGGGGGCUCCGGUUCGUCCAAAGCCAGAUGUGGACGAUGAACAUCAUGCACUCGAAGAACCUCGUGUUCGAGGACAUCUACGUGAACAGCACAUCCUCCACGGAGAACAACUCGCUCAACACGGACGGCGCGGACACGAUGUACUCGGACAACAUCACCUUCCGGCGGUGGGUCGUGGUGAACGGGGACGACGCGAUCGCCGUCAAGGCCAACUCGAGCAACAUCCACGUCUACGACAGCGAGUUCUUCGGCAGCACCGGCAUCGCCAUGGGGUCCAUCGGGCAGUUCGCCGGCCAGUUCGAGUACAUCGAGAACGUGUUCGCGCGGAACGUGACGCUGCACGACACGCUGCGGGCGUGCUACUUCAAGACGUGGACGGGCGUGCAGAUCGGCUACCCGCCCAACGGAGGCGGCGGCGGCACGGGGUACGCGCGCAACAUCGUGCUAGAGGACGUCACGCUCGACGGCGCGCGCGGGGAGCCGCUCUUCAUCACGCAGUGCGAGUCCUACUCCGGGCACGCGGGCGAGUCGUGCGACACGUCAACGUUCGCCAUCUCGGACGUCGUCUGGAGGGGAAUCAGGGGCACCGUCGCGGACGGCGUGGCCAGCGCGGGUUUCUUCCGGUGCAGCGCGGCGGCGGGCGGGUGCGGCAACCUGACGGUGGAGGACUUUGCCGUGAAGCCCGUCGGCCGGGAUCGGGACGGGGUGUUGAAUACGUGGCUCUGCGAGAACGUCCACGGAGGCCAAGGGUUCGCGUGUCGGGAAAUUGAAGAUGCUGACACUGAAACUGACACUGGUGCGGAGGAGGAGCUCUGAAGAGCAGUUUCGUGGUUGUGUUAUCAUCGCUGAUCCGGCGGAUCCGGAUUGCUGCCUCCCGCACCUGGUGGUGAACUGGCC